AUGGGGGAAAUUGUGGAGCUAAGAAAGCGUCGAAUCACCGAUUUUUUCAACAGCGCCGAACGACAUACAGAAACAAUCAAGAAAAAGCGAUUCUCAUUCGGCGACGCCGUCGAAAACUUGAAAUGUCCAAAGACGAAAAUAUUCGAUGAUGAAAAAACGCCAAAAGCCGGAAGACGAUCGUCGAAAAAAAUUUUGAGAGAGAAUGACAAAUCGCAAACGAUUUUGGAUUGCGGACAAAAGCAAAUCGGCAAUAUUGUUUGUCCGGAAUGUGAGCUGGUUUAUUGCGUUGAUGAUAUGGAGGAUUGCAAGCGGCAUUUGGCAUACCAUAACAGGACAAGCAGCAUAUACCCAUUUAUGGUCAAACCGGGUCUCAUGGCGAUUAUUGAAAAAUGUGCCCACAAAACAAUCAAUAAUCAUCGAAUAGUCCAUAUCGGGAAUAAAAGUCCGACGGUGCUCAAAUUGGCCGUCGAGCAAUGGCUGACGUUCGUCGACGAAGCGAUCGGCUAUUGCGCCGUCGACCAUAUUUGGGAGGAGAAAAAACGAAUUUAUGUGUGUUUGUCGAGAGAAAUGCCGAAAAACGAGGCGUUCGUCGCCGGCAUCGCCGUCAUCGAGAAAUUGACGGAGGCGAUUGAGGAACACACGAGGAAUGUGAUCAAACAGGAUUUGAACGGCGAUUGGAUAGUUGGCGUCGACCGAAUAUGGACGCACACGAAUUUGAGGCGAAAAGGCGUCGCGCGCGCUCUUCUCGACGCCGCCACGGCGUUCGAUCGAGCAAUGGAGCAUCGACGACGGCGGCUGAGGAUCGCCUUUUCCGAUUUGACGCGAGACGGCCAGGAAUUCGCGAAAAACUACGUCAAAAGCAGCUAUCCUGACGGCGACCAACUUUAUUUGUACGAUAUUUGA